GUUCAGAACCAGCUGACCCUGUGUGACCCGAGGGCCGAGGUCCAGGACUCGGAAAACCCGCUGGCUGUGCUGUUGGCUCGCGAGAGGGCGCUGCUGGCAGAGCUGAAUGUCCAGAAGAGCAGGCACCCCAAGCCCCUGCUCGUCAACCAGGAGGUGCUGACCUGCUUGGGAAAGCAAGAGUUACAGAACACUGACCAGCAGCUUGAAAUGAUCCUCUCCUGCGUUAGAGCCCGGAAAAAGUCCUUGCAGGAGCAGUUAGGGAGGGAGCAGAAGUGGCUGACAGAGGAGCAGGAGAUUGAGAGGUCCCUGCGGGAGAGAGAGGAUGCGAGGCAGACCGUCUUCCAGAGUCUAUCGGCGAACAGCGCCUUGCAGAAGAUGAGGAGGGACCUGCAGAAGCUGACCUCUCAGAAGGAGAAGCUGCUGACCGCCCUGGGCAGCUUCCUGGAUGAGCACUACCCUCCCCCCGGCGAGGCGGAGACCGGCGGCAAGAAGAAGAGACUGACCCACGGGAACGCUGCCGACCUCAUCACUUUCCAUGAAAUGCUGGAGCGCCUGAUGACCAGGGCGAUGGGCAGCCCCCACGACCCGUACCUGGAGCUGGACGAGUCGUACUGGCCCCCCUACGUGGAGGCGCUGCUGCGUCACGGUGUGGCUCUGCGCCACCCCCAGGACUCCCGUCGCAUUCGCUUGGAGGACUUCCACGAGUAGCUGAGUGAGAGAGGGAGCCCCCCUCCCCCCUUUUCCCAUGUGGUCGGGGAUGAGUGGGAGUGAGGGAUAUGUACGGGCUGCUGUGUGUUUGGAUGUGUAUCUGCACAGUGGGGCACGUCACCACAAUUGCCUGUAGUGCACGUGUGGAGUAAGUGAUAGGGAGGGCUGUGUGUGUGUGUGUGUGUGUGUGUGUGUGUAUGCAGACUGCUUGUGCAGGUGUGUGUGUGUGUGUGUGUAUAGACACGACUUGUGCAGACGUGUGUGUGUAUAGUCAUGAUUGUACUUGUGUAGGGGUGUGUGUGUGUACAGGCACGACUACUUGUGUAGGGUGUAUGUGUACAGGCACGACUGUACUUGUGUAAGGAUGUGUGUGUGUGUAUGUGUAAUAUACAGUGUCUGCAUUUUCUGGGGUAGUGCAACCCUACCCCCCCAACAGUCAGCCUGUUGCAAGGUUGCACACCCCUGCCCUCACCUGUCAGUAAAGCAUGCCUGCGGACGCCUCUUGAGGUGGGAUCUACAGCACCAGCUCUUCCUGGAGCCAGCCGUGUCCCUGGUCCACAGCCGGAGCCAGGCUUCUCCCCGCCUUCCUGCGUCGUGCUGCUUCAAGCUACUGCCGCAGUGAUCCAUCAUCCUCGUUUGGUCCGAGGUACGACAGGAGCCGUAUGUCCCUGUGUCUGUCGGGGGUCGGCGGCGGGUGCCCUCGGAGGUGGCUGGCCAGCAGCUGUAUCGGGAUAUGUGGGCAGGACUUCCACUCGUGAGCUGCCUCUACUGCCGUCAGUUCACCAAAGACUGCGGCUUUGAUUGAUGAGUUGGACUGAGUUAUAGCCUCGUCAGCUGAUGUGGUCAGACAGAACUCCAGGGUAGGUUCGAUGUCAUUAGGCUCAGAUAACGUAAGAGGAGCAACCUUUUUGUCAUGUUCCGGUUUGGAAAAUAAAAUGUUGCCUUGUUUAAACACAGGGUAAAACUCCCUCUGCACUGUCCCAUCACACACUCCCGGGUUCAGACACAGGGUCAA